AUGCCGUCGAAAAAGGGUAAAAGGAAAGGGGGUUCAGCCUCCUCAAAUCAGUCUCAGAAUUCCGUCAACAGUCGGCCGAUAUCUUCAGUCAGCGGUGUUAGUGUCAAUCGGAUGUCCAUGUAUGGAGAGCAGUACGGACAGCAGUACGGGCGGCCGUUUUUCGACCUCAUCUUGAAAUAUUUACUGGUCGGGGAUUCCGAGGUUGGCAAGUCGUCGCUCGUGUUGCGCUUUGGGGAUGAUCAUUUCAGAGAGAACUUUGUGUCGACUAUUGGUAUUGACUUCAAAAUCAAGACAGUUGAAUUACAAGGCAAGAAGAUCAAACUUCAGAUAUGGGACACAGCAGGCCAGGAGCGAUUUCACACCAUCACCACCUCCUACUACCGGGGAGCCAUGGGCAUCAUGCUGGUCUAUGACAUCACGCAAGAGAAGACGUUUGAUAAUAUCGCAAAAUGGCUACGCAACAUUCAGGAGCAUGCAAACGAAGAUGUAGAAAAGAUGCUAUUGGGUAACAAGUGCGACAUGGAGGACAAGAGGAUGAUCAGCAAAGAGAGGGGAGAGAACAUUGCGAGGGAGAACGGCAUCAAAUUCCUAGAAACCAGCGCUAAAGCAAACGUCAAUGUCGAAAAGGCUUUCAUGACGCUCGCAGAAGACAUCCUAAAGAAGUACCCACAGCAGAAAGACCCAGCAAGCGGAACAGGCGGCAACAUCAAACCAACGGGCGACGACGGGAGCGGGUCAAGAAAAUGCUGUUAAAUUCCACUUCUGUCUCGUCACCCGCCCACGUUCUCUCUUUCUCCGCCCCCUCCCCCUCCAACAACUUCUUCUGUCGCUGUCAAGUUAAACAUCUUACAGGAAAAUCACUGGACAUUCAUUUUUUGCUUUGCUGUGACCAGAUGUGUUUUUUUUUUAAUUGCGUAGUGUGUAUGUAACUCUUGAGGGCGCUGUUUCAGCUGUAGCUGCAUUUUUUGUGCAUGUGGGCACCGCACACUUACUCGACACCUCUGUGACGGUUGUUGAAUGUGGCAGAUAAUAAAUUACUGCCCGACUAUCACGGCAAAACCUACGGUGCCCCGAAGGUUCACUCCACCAUGUGCUCUGUUUCAUGUAAAGAAACAACCCACUUUUGACAAGCCAGCCUUUUUGUGUCCAUGUAAACUGUACUCUUAUGUUAGGUCAGAGUGAAGCAAUGUUAAGAGAGUGUCAAUUGAGGAGAAAAGUUUGAAGCUUUGAAAAAGCUUAUGUUCGGAGGGACCUUUUAAACAAGUUGUUUGUUUGUUUGUUUGCUUUUUUUGUUACAUUUUGGUUGUCUUCCAGAAGUUCCAAUCUGCUUUUGUACUCAGACUUUUGUGGGUUCAUUUGAGCUGGAAAGUGUGGUGUGCAUGUCAGUUAAUGACAGCGCUUGACGAUUUUGCUCAAAACUGUAAGCAAUUGUUGCCGUGGGGCUGUCGUUUCUGAAACUGAGGUUGCCACAAAAGUGCCCGAUUUGGUUACAACAGAUAUGUAGUACCGUGGAAUAAUUGGAAAUAUCAGACCACGGUCUCAUGUCCUUUGCAUUAGAAAAGGCAGUUUUUUUUUUGUUUUUUUUUUAAAUCGCAGUUUCAGUCAAUCUGCAUGAGGACCACAGAAAAACAAAUGGACAACAUUGCUGGAUAACCCAAGAAUUUCCACAAACAUUUGGCUAGUCUGUCUUGCCGUUUCUAGGAUGGGUAAUAAUGUUUUUAUUCAUGGCGGCGCACAGAAAAAUACUUAGAUCCACAGAAUUUUUUUUACGAUGAAUUGUGCAGGCAAACUUUAUAAAUGUUCAACAAAAAUGACGGCGACUUUUUUUUUCUCUCUUCUACGCCACACUUUUCUGUAUAGAAAUGUCUCUCUUUAAAAAGCAUGUGUUGAAUAAGCUGGAAGCUUUUGCUCAUGCAUAGUAAACAAAAAUGAGAGAGAUAUAUUUUUGGGUGUUUCAACUUUUUUUUUUUAAAUUUAGUUUUAAGGUCGUAUAAUUAUGACACAUUAAUGAUAUAUAAUGAUACCGACAUGUUCGAGAGAAUUUGUACAGUAUUAACGAUGUUUAAAAAAACAAAGCAUAAACAAAGCUUGUGGAUGGAAUAACCAGUUGUAUGCGUGCAUUUUACACAAACUUGUACUGGCGUUACACGCAAAAACUUAAAACAAAAAAAAAGAAACAAAACAAAUUUUGCGUGACAAAAUGUACUUGUGCAAUUGUUUUCCUCGUUUAUGUUAAAUGUCUAAUCUUGCAUUUGGAGCCUCCUGAUUGUAGUUAGCGGGAUUGAUUAAAUAUAUGCUCCGGGGAAAUUUGCCUCGAAAAAUGUAAAUUGUCACAACAGCUGUAAGAUAAAACUGGCGACUUUUUUUUUUUCUAGUAAAUUCACGUACUGUAGUGUGUUAGCAAUUUUGGACUUGUAAAUUUCACACAGCAAUUGAUGCAUCCGCCAUUUUGACAACUCUACUUUGAUGGCCGCAACCACACCAGGUGGAAAAAAAAUAUAUAUCCAACUCGAAGGUCCUGGUCUUCCACAGUUGUCGGAGUGGUUUCCCAAGUCAUAAUUAGCAAAAUGCUGUUAACGUGAAACCCCUCCCCCCAUCAAUUGGGAAAUAAGGCAGCCAUCUUGGUAGUGUUCCCAGAAGUCACACUGCAAGCAUGUAAGGUUGAGAUCACAUGGUAUGGGCACCAGAUUAUUACAGUUAUUUUCACUUUUAUAGAAAGUGUCUGCUAACUGGCCUUAUGUUCGCCUAACUGCAGUAUUUUUGCCCAAACCGAUCUGUUUGAAUGUUUCUGAUAAUCAUGUAGACUUCAGUGGCUCACAACUAGUAAUUUAUGGCCCAGCAAAGCAUGCUGGGUAUUAGUCUGAUUUCCGGUCCCUCCAGUGUCCUUCGGACCCGUAUUUGUGGAGGGCGGGGACCAGUCUAGCUGGGUAUUUCUGCACCUAGCGACGGCUGUUUCAUGUGAAUAAUUAUCAAGUGCUUUUGGACGUGCAUGGUUGUAGAAAUUUAAAGAAACGAAAUAAUUAAAAACCGAACAGAAAAACUAAGUGAAGACGUGUAAUUAUUAAUUUUGUUCUGUAAACGAUGUCUGAUUUCUUGGUGGACAUUAAAAGGAAGUGUGUAUUGCUGUUUUAACUUGUAAUGUUACAGAGAAAAAUAAUCUUUAAGCAACAGUGGUCGUCCUUGUUUCUAAGGGUUUAGUGAGACAGAUUAUUGGAACUUUUGAAGCGGCUACUUUUUUUGGACCAAGAGGCAGUGUAUCUACCGUCGAUUGAAUAUACACAUUCAAAUUCGGUGUGAAAGUUAUCCUCUGUAAAGAUUUUAAAAAGUAUGAAAAAGCUGUGGAUUAUUUCGUUACAAUUAUGCAAAUUGUGAACUGUUAAAACAAAUUACAUAAACAUGUAUCAUAAUUUUGUAUGACAUGUAAAUGCCUUGCUCCUUAUUUAACGUUUGGAUAGUUAUAGAUGAUUAUUUGCAUAUUUAUAGGACGACCGCGUUUUUUUUCUUUGAAAUUUUGAUUUGGUGAUAUAUAAUACAGGGAUACUGGUUAAGCUAUUUGGCAAAAUGUGCCCAAAACACGGCCGGCAAAAACGUCAAUUUUAGUGUGGGGUUUUUAUCGUUUUUUGCCGGUUGCCAUUGGCAAGAAUACUCAGUGUAUAACUUGGGGAUUUUUGUUUAAAAUUGAAAGCGCGGCAAUGCCUUGAUCGUGUGAUGACACACGAGGCGCGCCAUAGCUUCCGUUUAGAAUUAGAAUGUACGAAUUCACCAAUAAGCGCUGAUUUGACGAGCAGUCGAAGUUAAGCGGGUUCACGUGCUACUGGACAGCCAAUCAGCGAACGAUACGUAACAGUCUCGUGCUCUGAUUGGCCAGGAGUUACCUUACACCCGGUUUUACCAACCAGUUGUAUAUUGUGGUCUUAAACUAGUCACAUCAACAUAAUACAAUGUUAUUAAGCUGAAAAAAAUAUCAAUAAAUAAAAGGAUACUAAAGUACAUUGUC